AUGACCAUAGUGAUUCAAGCGAUGGUCGAUUUCGUCGGUGGAGACAACACACUUGCAGAUAUUCAAGACGCAUGGCUUGUGCUCGGUGGUUUUUGUGUGGAACAAAUGAAAAUCGGCUAUAAGAUCGAAUUCAAACUGCAACAGAUCGUUUCGAAAUUCAGUCAAAAACAGAGAUUAUCAAUUGACAGCAACGGCUCGUCGGAUCAUCGCCCAAGAACACCAUCAAUUAACUAA